AUGGGUAGGCCAAAGAAACAAAUCAGUGAAAAAAAUAUUGAAAACUUUCAAAGAGACAUUGAAUUAGCUGGGAACAGAACAGAUUUAUUAUUGAAGGAUAAAAAAGGUAGAUCGAAAUCAUGUUUACUAUGUCGAAGAAGGAAACAACGUUGUGAUCAUAAACUUCCGAGUUGUACCGCUUGUUUAAAGGCAAAUGUUAAAUGUGUUCAACCCGUUAGAUAUGUUGAGAAUAAUGGUGUUCCAAAUGCUAUUCUACAAAUGGAACUGGCGUCUAGUACGGGUACAUCAGAAACAUCAUCAGAUUCUCCUACACCUGAUAUUAGUAGACCUAUAAUAGGUGGUCAAAAUGACGGUACUAGUAAUGUUACCACCUCCAUAUAUACAUCGAAUAUCAAUAAUAUUUCGUUAGGUCCAAGAAAGGGAAGUAUUUCAAAGAAGAACGAUAAAAAGAAAACUACAGACAAUAAUAAUAGUAAUAAAAAUAGUGACCAGUAUACAAAUUUUCUAGAAAAGAAAUUGAAAUAUCUUGAAAAAUUAAUUGAUUUACCUAUUGGUGGUGUUGUGUUUAAGAAAAAAUUGAAUAAUUAUAAGAAGAUAUCUCAUCUUCUGGGUGAUAUCGAUGAUUUUAGAGGUGAUGAAAUGACAAUAAACAGAAUUAAUAAUAACAUUUUACCUUGGCAACCACCUCCAACCUAUAUGAACAGUAAUAAUAGUGAUAGUAAUAGUGAUAGCAACAAAUCACAUGGUCAAUUGAACAAUGUUAACACUGAUUUUCAAAAACAAACUAAUGGUAUUAAGAUAGAAACAAGUUCUUUACCUGCUUUGGCCUCGGAUUCGUUGGAUUCUAUUGAUUUUUCCAAAUGUAUAUUUGCCAAAUAUUUAAAGAAUCAUUUUAUUUAUGAUCCAGUCUUUGAAUUUAAUGAAAAUUUAUCAAGAUCAUUCUUAGAGAUUUUUUUCACAAGGUUACAAUUUAAAUAUCCAUUGUUAGAUGAACAAGAAAUUUACAGUUUCCAUAAUGAUUACACAAAGAAUAAUAUUUACUCUUGUUCUGCUAAUGAUUUCCAUUUUUGCACAGGUAGAAUGUGGCUAAUCUUUAGCAUCAGUGCAUACAUGCACAUGACUACAGGUAAGUAUGAUGGAUUAUCACCUAUUCGUUAUUUUUCUACUGCUGUAAGACACAUUACUAAGUGUGGUGAUAAUUUAAAUGAUGUUCAAAAAGUAGAGUUGUUGACAUUGUUGCUCUUAUACUUAUUAAGAACUGAUAGAGAUUCAAUGAUUCUUUAUGAGAUUAUGAAGGAUAUUAUGGUCAUCGUGAAAGGUAGAUUACAUUUAAAUAAAUGGACCCAACAGGACUCAUUUGCCAAUAAGAAACUUCGUUUGUUUUGGUGUGUAUAUCUUCUAGAGAGAAUGAUAUGUGUUGCCGUUGGGAAACCUUUCACUAUACAUGAAUCUGAGAUUGAUGUUCCACUUUUCAAUGAGGAUUCAUAUAAUACAAAUAAAAAUUCAAAGACUUCGGGAAUACAUUUCAUUAAUCAAUCUGUAACUUUAAGAAGAAUCGAAUCGAAUUUUGUGGAAAAAUUAAACAUUAUACCAACUAAUAAACAAAACACACCAACUAAGAAGAAUCAAUUACCUAUUGUCAAAUAUUUUUUCAACGAACUGGAAAUAUGGAGAUCUAAAUGCUCUACCACUGAUAUUCGGAAUUUUGAGAAUGAGACUUUGAAACUUUACUAUUAUCGUGCUGUUAGGCUAUUAAUUCAGCCAUAUCUGGAAUUUUUAACUCCAGAGGACCAUUUAUUCAGGGAAUGUCAAGCUGCUGCUGGUCAGAUUUGCCAAUUAUACAAAAUUUUCCAUCAGAAAACUGUAAAUGGGCAUUCUACGCCUGCCGUUCAUACAGUAUUUGGUGCCGGGGUUUCUCUAAUUUAUUGUAUGUGGUUGGAAAGAAACUUUAACGAUGAAAGAAGGAAAAAACUGGGGGAUUUAUCCAAACAUACAAGACCCUUAGUGGGACCUAAUUUAUUCUCUACCAUGGACGAUUUGAGGGCUUGUUCGGUUUGUCUCUAUGUCAUGACAGAACGGUCCAAAUUUGCUAGAGUAUUUAGGGAUACGUUUGAUCAAUUAAUGAAUGCAACAGUAGGCAAUUUGAUCGAGAGAUGUGGUCCAGAUUCAUCUGAAUUAAUUUACUUGACUGAUCGUUCAACAAAGGAUGGUCCAGUAAUUCUAAAUGAAGAUAUUGUCGCUAUUGACGGUACCUCUAAAUCUUUGGACGUAUCGCUGGAAUUACGCAAUACGAAACAUAAUUUGUCUAGUGGUAGUGGUAUGCCACCUGCUGUAGCCCGUACAUUUGGUAAAUAUCAGGCUGAUGAGCAUGUUGGGUUUGUUGAAAAUUCACAGGUUGAUUUAGAGGAACAAAAGAGAUUAAAACAAAGACAGGGGUUGUUGGAACAAGUCGCAGUUCCAAAAAGUUUGGCACAUUUAUUAGUCAAUGGCGGUAUAAAUAAUCGCAAAAAUCUAGAAGCUCAUUUGGACUCGAACUCUGUUUUGAAAAUAAGAUCAAAGGACGUUGGAAGACCAGGUGAACAAGAUACGGAUGAUGAUAGCAAGUACAUCGUUCAAAAGCCUGCCUAUCCUAAUGAAUUCGAUUGGAAAAAUUUCCAACAACAGGCUUUCCUUCAACAACAACUUGCUCAACAAAAUUUGCAAGCUUACUUGUCAUCUUUGAAUUAUUCGAAGAGUUUUGGAAAUGUAGAUACAGCUGGCUCAAUGGGAUCAGUUUUAAAACCAGACAUAGAACAAUUUAAUAGAAAUAUUUUACCAAGUCAUUCCGCAUCUUCUUCAGCUGUAUCAGUUCUUACGGGCAGUAACAUUAUCUCUCCUGUGUUAAGUGAAAUCACCUCGACACAAAAUGCGUCGGCCACUGAUCCUAAAUACAUCGUAAGAGCAUCUUCUCCCUCAGUCUCUGCUUUUAAUUAUAUUGCUCCUGUGCAAAAUACGUUUCGUUCUGUUGGUGGGAAUACCGAUAAUAAUCUGAAUUUGAUACCAAACAGUGCAAUGCCAAUCAUCAAUCAUGACGGUAGUGUCAACGGUAUGCCACCUACAUAUUUCCAGCCAUCGAGUAAGCCUAAUUCAGGAAACAUCUUAUUUGACAAUGGUACACAUGAAAUGAUUAAUCACAUUUCAAAUUGGACGAGUAAUGCUGUAGGUGAUUUAGUAAAUGUAUUCCCCUCUAACCAAAAAGAAGAACAACCUAAUUCCAAUGGAAAUGGAAAUGGUAAUGAAAAUCCUAUUCAAAAUUCUGUUGAAACAGAUAAAUUUGGGUUUACUAAUGGUGUAGGAGGAUACGAAACUCCGAGGAAGUUAGAUAUUUUAGGUGUCAAUCAACAAGCUAUGCCAAUUCGUUCAACUGCAUUCCAUGAUUCAUCAGUACAACCUGUACCACCACACUCAGUAGGUACCAUAAGAAAUAUUGCACCAUCCAACCAAGCUGAAGAGUUUUGGACAAUUAAUGAUGACUACGGUUUCUUAACUUGA